AAGUGUCUUCGUAAAGGUAUUAGACAAGGUGAUACUAUUUCACCAAAGCUUUUUACCUUAGCAUUGGAAAAUGUAUUCAAACAGCUGGACUGUGAGCAAAAAUGUCUCAACAUUGAUGGUGUACGUUUGAGUCAUUUGAGGUUUGCGGACGACUAUUAAAAUCGGCAAAGAAAACCAAAUAGCCGAAAUAAAAAGACGCAUAUAAUUGUCUUGGGUAGCUUUUCGCAAGUUAAGCCUUAUCUUGAAGAAUAAAGAUAUACCAAUGUGUCUAAAACGUAGAGUUUAUGACAAAUGCAUCUUGCCUGUAACUACAUAUGGACUGGAGAACAUGGCCUUUACAAAGAAAACCUUAGAGCAGCUCAGUACAACCCAAAGAGCGAAAGAGGGCCAUGCUAGGGUUAGUUUGAGAGACAGAAUUCAAAAUACCGACAUUAGUGAAAGAACAAAGAUUAUUGAUGUCACAGAACAUACAGCAAGGCUCAAGUGGCAAUGGGUUGGACAUGUUGCUCGAGAUAAUCCCGAAAAAUGGACACAGAUUAACAAACUGGAGACUAGGAGAAAACAGACGAGGAGUAAUCGGACCACAGAAGAGGUGGCCAGAUGAUAUCAAAAAAGUCACGGACAAGCAGUGUA